UUCGUCCUCCUCUUGAUGCUCGAUUCACUCGACGAUUCAUUCGUCCACUCGCCGCCUUCAACGCAGGAUGGGCCAGCCGCCCGACCGCCACCUCGCCCUCCUCCUCCUCCUCCUCCUCUGGGGUCAGAGGUCGAACCCAGAGGUCAGGAGGCCGUCCUGCGAUCGCUGUGACCGCCGGCUCGCCUGCAACUGCUCCUGCGGCGGAUGGACUUGCGUUCCCACGGUAACGGACCGGGCGCUGACUCUCGACCUCUCCUUCAACUACAUCACCGCGGUAACGGGCGACGAUCUGACAGGACACGGGGCGCUGGGGUCCCUCAGUCUCCAUGGUAACAAAGUGUCCGCGAUCCACCCGUCAGCGUUUGACCCCCUGUGGAGCCUGGAGGAGCUGGAUCUGUCCGACAACCAGCUGAGCGUCCUCGACCACCGCUGGUUCCUCCGGCUGGGAGCUCUGCGGGAGCUCAACCUGCUCCACAACCCGUACAGCCGCCUGGGCUCUGGCGCCGUGUUUCGGCCGCUGGUGCGGCUGAGGAGGCUGCGGUUUGGAGGUCCUGCUCUGGAGGAGCUGAAGAGAGGAGACCUGUCUGGAGUCACGGAGCUGGAGGAGCUCACCGUGGACGCCAACAACCUGACCAGGUACGAAGCCGGGGCUCUGGCGUACGUUUGGCCCCUGGAUCGCGUCACGUUGAGGCUCCGCGGCCCAUUUUUAGGGAACACAUCUUUGGCCUCGGCUGUGCUCGGGGACGUGUCUUACCCCGAGACGCAGCUGGUUCUGGAGGACCUCAAUGUGAUGAGGAACCGGUCUGCUCAGCCCUUCAGAGAGACGGCCAGCAGGAGGGUCAGGAAAAUCACCUUCCGCAACUUCUCUGUGUCCGACGAGGCCAUCGUUGAUCUUCUCAUGGUGAUGAAUGGAGCGCCGCUCACCUCGCUGUUCAUAGACGGCCUCACGCUGUCAGGCGAGGGGAGGUGGGAGCGAGCCAAACGGACCGACCAUAAAAGCAUCGACGAGUUCUUCAUGCGCAACGUCGUGGUGCUGAAAGUCUUUCAUUUCGCCUCCUUUCUGGAACUGUCUUUUCUGCUGCACUACCCCAGCAAAGUGUCCAUCAUAAACAGUCAGGUGUUCGUGAUGCCGUGUCUCACGUCCCGCCUGCUGGUGAACCUGCAGUACCUGGACCUGUCCGACAACCUGCUGACUGACCUGACCAUGAUGGAGACGCUGUGCAACGGCGACGGCACCCUGAAGGGCCUCCGGGCUUUAAACGUCAGCGGAAACGCUCUGAAGUCUUUGUCCACGAUGAGCCAGCAGGUAGCCAAGCUUUCCAAACUGACCCACCUGGACAUCAGCAGGAACGGAUACAGCUUCAUGCCCAUGGGCUGCACCUGGCCCUCCACCCUGCGAUACCUCAACAUCUCCAGGGCCAAACUCACCAGCAUCACGCCCUGUCUACCCGUAACUCUGGAGGUCUUGGAUCUGAGCUACAAUGAUCUCAACCGCUUCACGGUGCCCCUCCCCGCCCUGAGGGAGCUCCACCUCUCUGGGAACAAGUUGCUGAGGCUUCCCCCUGGAGGCCGGUUCCCCAACCUGCAGACCCUCACAGUGCAGUCGAACACCCUGAACACCUUCGGCCCCGCGGAUCUCCGGGGGUACAAGCGGCUCCAGGACCUCCAAGCGGGUCAGAACAAAUUCGUGUGCUCCUGUGAUUUUGUCCACUUCCUCCGGUCGGCCCUUCGCGGCGUCGGAGACGUGCAUCUGACCGACGGAGCGGAGAGCUACGUCUGCGACUCCCCUCUCCACCUGCAGGGGGAACCGGUGGGCCGAGUCCGGCUGUCCGUGGUCGCGUGCCACCGGGUUCUGUUCGUGUCCGUGAGCUGCGGGGCGGCGCUGUUAGUAGGGGUGCUGGCGUGUGUCCUGCUGUGGCGCCUCCACGCGUUCUGGUACCUCAAGAUGAUGUGGGCGUGGCUGAGGGCCAAACGGAGCUCCCGGCGGCGGCGCAGAGACGGCGAGGCGUCGGAGCAGUUGCUGUCUUACGACGCCUUCGUGUCCUACAGCGAGAGAGACGCCGGCUGGGUGGAGAACUUCCUGGUACCUGAGCUGGAGGAGCCGAGGGACAACGAUGAAGGCGCUACGACCCACAGAGCCCCGCGACCUCUGACCCUGUGCCUCCACAAGCGGGACUUCCUUCCCGGACACUGGAUCGUGGACAACAUCAUGAGCGCCAUGGAGCGCAGCCGGCGCACCGUCUUCGUCCUCUCGGAGAAUUUCGUCCUGUCGGACUGGUGCCGCUACGAGCUGGACUUCUCGCACUUCAAGCUGUUCGACGGCAGCGCCGGCGGAGAGGCGGCCAUCUUGGUCCUGCUGGAGCCGCUGUCCAAGGAAGACGUCCCCAAGCGCUUCUGCAAGCUGCGCAAACUCAUGAGCUCCAACACCUACCUGGAGUGGCCUCAGCGGGAGGAGGGCAGGGCGGAGUUCUGGAGGAGGCUGCGCUGCGCUGUGGGAGGAGGAGAAGACGACCCGCUUCCACGGGAUCCUUCUGGUCUCCUCACACUUUGCAGAUGAUCGACAGAUACAUUAUUUUAAUGAAGAAAGUCCUUUCAAACGUAUCAUUAAUAUUUGUAACGUUAAACUCACUUUGUGAAUAUUGCACAAACGUAAUGAUCCAAAUCAGUUGAAAGUUACACUUUAACAUUAAAGGUUAAUUAUGUAAAACUGCUUAAUUUGCUGGUAAUGUGGUGAGAUGGUUUUGUGGAAAAUGUAAUAAGAAGAUUUAAGAGAUGAACAAAAUACAAACAGUUUGUGCAGAAUGUCACAAGAUGUCAUUUAAAGGUAAAUUAAGUCUCUCUAGUCGACGCAUCUUCAUGUCCACUUGGGAAGCUGCAGGCGUUUGACUGACGGCCUUUAAAUGGUGCACUUAAAAAUAAAAUGAAAUCAGGAGCCGUAAAA